GAGCAAAAUUAGUUCAUUGACUUGAUGAACAAGGAAAAAAGAAAUGGUGGGUUCAUUACUCAUUAGCUCAUUUUCGUCAUCCUUCAUGCGUGAAUUCAAACAAAUUUCACUUGUUCAACCAAUUUUCUGCACCCCCUAAAACAGCGUUGCGUUGAUUAAUUUUGGUGGGUUUUGUUACAUGUUUGUGAAUUUCGACUUUUAAUUUGUACUAAAUGGCUAGGAUUUGGUCGUCAAAGUUGAAAUCAAUUGUUGGGUCUUUUGUUUCUGCCCCAAAAUCAAUGAGAUCUGGGUGCUAUAAUGGUCAACAAAAUUCUCUGAGGGUUGAUGAUCAUUUUCACAUUAGACCUAUUUUUGAUUAUGUGGGUCAUAAUUAUCACACUGGUUCUCAAUGUAGAAUUUUGAAAUUUGAGCCUAGGGCAACUAUACAGUUAUGUAAACCCAAUUAUGGCACAACACUUUCACCUACAUUGUUCGGUCACCAGGUUUCGAAUAGCUUUGCUUCAACACCUGUGUCGGGUUACCUGUCGUAUUCAUCGUUCACCGGUAAUAAAGGGGGUGAUAAGGGGAUUGAAGCUACUAGAAUUGGAAAUGGGGAUGUGGAUGGGGGUGAAGGUGAAGGUGGGAUUUUUGGGAGCUCUGAGUGGAUUGAUAAAGUUAAGGAUGCUUGGAAAACUGUUGUAGAUGCAGCUAAUGUUGCUGGGGAGAAGGCCAAGGAAGCCUCCGAUGUGUUAACUCCACACGUGCAGCAAGUUUGGGAUACUCAUCCGUAUCUUAAGGAUGUAGUUGUACCUGUCGGUGGCACACUCACCGCUGCUUUGCUUGCGUGGUUGGUCUUGCCAAGUGUUUUGAAGAGGUUGCACAAGUAUUCUACUCAAGGAUCAGCUGCUUUGCUAGCUAAAAGUGGAAGCAUCUCUGCAGCUGAAGUUCCUUAUGAGAAGAGCGUCUGGGGUGCAAUGGAGGAUCCAGUGCGCUAUAUGCUGACUUUCAUGGCGUUUUCUCAAAUAUGUUUUUUAGUAGCUCCGGAUGCUGUUGCAUCCCAGUUUGUUACACAGGCUUGGAAAGGGGCACUUGUCCUUUCAUUUGUAUGGUUUGUGCAAAGGUGGAAAACUAAUUUGUUUGCUCGUAUUUUGGCGGCUGAGAACCUACUUUUACAUGAUCGAGAAAGAGUGCUUACUGUGGAUCGAAUUUCGUCUAUUGGCCUUUUCGCCAUUGGAGUGAUGGCUUUUGCAGAGGCAUGUGGUUUGGCUGUCCAGUCUAUCCUGACUGUUGGUGGUGUUGGGGGUGUGGCAACGGCUUUUGCUGCGAGGGACAUCCUUGGCAAUGUCCUUAGUGGCUUAUCUAUGCAGUUCUCAAAGCCAUUUUCACUUGGAGACACCAUCAAGGCUGGAUCAAUCGAAGGUCAAGUGGUGGAGAUGGGUUUAACUACAACUUCAUUGCUAAAUGCUGAAAAGUUUCCUGUCAUAGUUCCAAAUUCUAUGUUUUCCAGCCAGGUCAUCGUGAACAAGUCGCGAGCUGGAUGGCGUGCUUUCAUCAGUAAUAUACCACUGCAACUCGAUAAUUUGGAAAAAAUUCCAGAGAUUUCAACAGACAUAAAGUCAAUGCUAGAGUCAUAUCCAAAAGUUUUCAUGGGACGUGAAGCUCCUUACUGCUAUCUCUCUCGAAUAGAUAAUUCCUAUGCUGAACUGACUGUUGGAUGCAAUCUCAAACAACUGAGCAAAACAGAGAGGUAUUCGACCGAACAGGAUAUCCUUCUACAAUGCAUCCAGAUAAUAAAGCAGCAUGGUGCUUCAUUGGGCAGUAAACAGCAAGAUCUGAUAAGCCAGUGAUGUUUUCCUCAGCAGGAAUUCCAGCAAUCAGGUAUGCCACAAGGAUGUUCCCGGGACACGAAAGGCGGAAACAAAUUUUUGUUAGAGUAGGAGUACACUUCAAUUUGGUAUAUUUGUGAAACUUAUUAGGUUUGUUAUUUUCUUAUAUUUACAGAAACUGAUUUUGUAACAACUGAAAUUAGUGUAAUAAUCAAGAGCAAAAUUGUGGCCUGUACUGUGGUGUGGUUGUAAACUAGCCCUAAUUGAAAUGGGGGCCAUGUAAAUUGUAAUAUCAGCAUGUGUGCCUUCUUUUCA